AUGCUUGUCUUUAUUGGAGAUGGGCCGACGAGGGCAGAGCUGAAGGAGAAGCUUCUCCAGCAGCAGCAGCAGCAGCAGCAAGGGCAGCAGCAGCAGCAGGGAGGCGUGGAUUUGCUGCUGACGAGCUACGAAGUGGCGCGGCAAGAGUGUCUCUUUUUGUCUCUUUUUGACUUCGCGCUGCUGCUGCUGGACGAGGCCUCGAGACUGAAGGGCCCCCAAGGCCUCACUCGUGCUGCUGUUGCUGCAGCAGUUCGCGCGCAGCGCAUGCUGCUGCUCACGGGCACCCCCAUCGAGAACUCCUUCCUCGUGAGGCCGCAGCAGCAGCAGCAGCAGCAGCAGUAG